AUAAUGGCGCGCACCAAGCAGACGGCACGCAAGUCUACCGGCGGCAAGGCGCCGCGCAAGCAGCUGGCCACUAAGGCGGCUCGCAAGAGCGCGCCGGCCACCGGCGGCGUCAAGAAGCCUCACCGCUACCGUCCGGGCACGGUGGCUCUUCGCGAGAUCCGUCGCUACCAGAAGAGCACGGAGCUGCUCAUUCGCAAGCUGCCGUUCCAGCGGCUGGUGCGCGAGAUUGCGCAGGACUUCAAGACGGACCUGCGCUUCCAGAGCAGCGCUGUCAUGGCUCUGCAGGAGGCCAGCGAGGCGUACCUGGUCGGUCUGUUCGAGGACACGAACCUGUGCGCCAUCCACGCCAAGCGGGUGACCAUCAUGCCCAAGGACAUCCAGCUGGCGCGUCGCAUUCGUGGCGAGCAUGCCGGACACAAUCAUGCUACGACCGGCGAGCCGUUCGCCGACGGCCUGCGCAGCACCAAGCACCAGUCAUCUGCACUGCAUAGCACAUCAACCAUGUCCGGACGCGGCAAGGGCGGCAAGGUGAAGGGCAAGUCCAAGUCUCGCUCGUCGCGGGCUGGACUCCAGUUCCCGGUCGGUCGUAUCCACCGUCUGUUGCGCAAGGGCAACUAUGCCGAGCGCGUUGGCGCCGGCGCGCCGGUGUACCUGGCCGCCGUCAUGGAGUACCUGGCCGCUGAGGUGCUCGAGCUGGCAGGCAACGCCGCUCGCGACAACAAGAAGACCAGGAUCAUCCCCCGCCACCUGCAGCUGGCCAUCCGCAACGACGAGGAGCUCAACAAGCUGCUGUCGGGCGUGACCAUCGCCCAGGGUGGUGUGCUGCCCAACAUUCAGGCCGUCCUGCUGCCCAAGAAGACCGAGAAGAAAAUAAUGGCGCGCACCAAGCAGACGGCACGCAAGUCUACCGGCGGCAAGGCGCCGCGCAAGCAGCUGGCCACUAAGGCGGCUCGCAAGAGCGCGCCGGCCACCGGCGGCGUCAAGAAGCCUCACCGCUACCGUCCGGGCACGGUGGCUCUUCGCGAGAUCCGUCGCUACCAGAAGAGCACGGAGCUGCUCAUUCGCAAGCUGCCGUUCCAGCGGCUGGUGCGCGAGAUUGCGCAGGACUUCAAGACGGACCUGCGCUUCCAGAGCAGCGCUGUCAUGGCUCUGCAGGAGGCCAGCGAGGCGUACCUGGUCGGUCUGUUCGAGGACACGAACCUGUGUGCCAUCCACGCCAAGCGGGUGACCAUCAUGCCCAAGGACAUCCAGCUGGCGCGUCGCAUUCGUGGCGAGCGUGCUUAAGAGCGCUGAGAGCGAAAUCAUCAACAGGUCCUUAUUAGGACCAGAGACAGUGGCAUGGAGUACGAGCCUGGGUGUGACACGAACGCACGGCAACGAGUUGUCUGAAAUGUCAGAGCAGCUAGCUGGCGCUCUGCCAGACGCUGUCAAACGCAAAGCCUCUUUGCAGAAACAGACCAAAGUGCCACACCCCUGUGGGUGACACGUUUGGCGUGCACGAU